ACUCCGGGAGGAAACUAGCAAGAGUCGUCAUACCCAGAGAAGGGAAAGAAGGAAUAAAGGAUUGUAGUCAACUUUACUUCUAAGGAAAAACUGGGAAACUUCUCAUUUCGCUUCUUGAAAACUAAGCUGAGUCAACUUCUGCCAAGUGACUAUUAAUUGGGCAACACGGGCGUCUUGCCCAAGAUUUGACGCAGCUACGCUUUCCCGGCACGGCCAGCUCUCCCUUCCUCUGCAGCUGAUUGGCUCCGAGUGUGGGAGUGUGGCCAGAAGCCUGCGUGCGGCAAUUAAAGGAGUCAGGUCUCUAACUGUUCUGUUUUUUCCUCUCUUCCGAGCAAUGGCACUUACCAUCUUGAUCCUCCGACUGGCCGUCUGCAUCCUGGCAUCUCCUGUGUUCCUGCUGGACUUUCUGGGCUUGUGGAACUGGAUAUGCAAAAAAUGGUUCCCCUACUUCAUGCGGAGUUUCACUGUGACGUACAACGAACAGAUGGCGAGCAAGAAGAGGGAGCUCUUCAGCAACCUGCAGGAGUUUGCCGGCCCCUCUGGGAAGCUCUCCCUGCUGGAGCUGGGCUGUGGCACCGGGGCCAACUUCAAGUUCUACCCACCUGGGUGCAGGGUGACCUGUAUUGAUCCCAACCCCAACUUUGAGAAGUUUUUGAUCAACAGCGUUGCCGAGAACCGACACCUGCAGUUUGAGCGCUUUGUGGUGGCUGCUGGGGAGAACAUGCACCAGGUGGCUGAUGGCUCUAUGGAUGUGGCGGUCUGCACCCUGGUCCUGUGCUCUGUGGAGAACCCGGAGCAGAUUCUCCGAGAGGUGUGCAGAGUGCUGAGGCCGGGAGGGGCUUUUUAUUUCAUGGAGCAUGUGGCGGCUGAGCCUUCCACCUGGACUUCCUUCUGGCAACAGGUCCUGGAUCCGGUCUGGUUCCUUGUGUUUGAUGGCUGCAACCUGACCAGAGAGAGCUGGAAGACCCUGGAGCGGGCCGGCUUCUCUAAGCUGAAGCUACAGCACAUCCAGGCCCCACUGUCCUUGGAGUUAGUGCGCCCUCACAUCUGCGGGUAUGCUGUGAAGUAGCUGAGCUGAGUGGCUCAGAUAACUAAGGCUUCAGUUUUACACGUACAGUACUAACUGGGAGAAGGAAAACCCUUGUUUUUAGAUAAAGUUGAAUUUCAUCCUGAAAA